AUGUCCGCCGAAAAAAGACCAGCCCAAGAUUCGUUCGGGUCAACCCAACUUGUAAAACGACAACGUUCGGAUGCAAAUUUUCAAGAUGCCCUCGCAGUAUCGACGAGUACUACGCAGAAUGGCGCGUUAAUGAAAGCCAUUCCCCGCACAAGCGGGCUAGAGGCGCCCAUAAUGGAACUAACAGGCCAUGGUGGCGAAGUAUUUACUACAAGGUUUGACUCAAGUGGUCAACACAUCGCCUCGGGCGGAAUGGAUAGAUCGAUAUUGUUAUGGAGGACCUACGGCCAGUGCGAAAAUUAUGGUUCUAUGACUGGACACAAAGGCGCGAUUUUAGACCUACAUUGGUCUCGGGAUUCCCGGAUUAUAUUUUCUGCAUCAGCGGAUAUGACAAUUGCUAGCUGGGAUCUUGAAUCCGGCCAGAGAAUACGCCGGCACGUAGGCCAUGAAGAGAUAAUUAACUGCCUUGAUCUUAGCAAGCGAGGACAGGAGCUGUUGAUCAGUGGUAGUGACGAUGGGUACAUUGGGAUUUGGGAUCCACGACAAAAAGAUGCCAUAGAUUUUUUUGAGACGAGUAUGCCAAUUACCGCUGUUGCAUUGGCGGAAGCAGGAAAUGAGAUCUAUAGCGGUGGAAUCGAUAACGACAUUCAUGUCUGGGACAUUCGAAAACGCUCCAUCGUACUCUCCAUGAUCGGACAUACCGACACAAUUACCUCGCUACAAGUAUCCCCAGACUCGCAAACAUUGCUCUCGAACUCUCACGACUCCACCGUGCGAACGUGGGAUAUCCGCCCCUUCGCACCGGCUGAUCGCAAUAUUAUGACCUACGAUGGUGCACCGACAGGGCUGGAAAAAAAUCUUAUUAGGUCUAGCUGGUCCCAUAAUGGCGAAAAAAUAGCUGCCGGCAGCGGAGAUCGGAGCGUCGUGAUAUGGGAUACCAAAUCCGCAAAAGUAUUAUACAAGCUCCCAGGUCAUAAAGGCACUGUUAACGAUGUACGGUUUGCACCAAAUGACGAGCCUAUAAUUGUGUCGGGAUCUUCUGAUCGAACGCUCCUGCUUGGAGAGAUUGGUAAAUAG